AUAGUAGCCCAUCAUUGGUGUCCGUGGGAGGAAUGGUGCCCCAUCAUUUGUAUCAGUGGGAGGAAUAGUGCUCCAUCAAUUGUGUCAAUAGGAGUAAUGGUGCCCCAUCAUUGCUGUCAGUGGGAGGAAUGGUGCCCCAUCGUUGGUGUCAGUGGGAGGAAUGGUGCCCCAUCAUUGGUGUCAGUGGGAGGAAUGGUGCCCCAUCAUUGGUGUCAGUGGGAGGAAUGGUGCCCCAUCAUUGGUGUCAGUGGGAGGAAUGGUGCCCCAUCAUUGGUGUCAGUGGGAGGAAUGGUGCCCCAUCAUUGGUGUCAGUGGGAGAAAUGGUGCCCCAUCAUUGGUGUCAGUGGGAGGAAUGGUGCCCCAUCAUUGGUGUAAAUGG